AUGUCUUCAAGAAAAGGAUCUUCAAAGAGGAAUUCUUCCUCACACUCAUCUUCGGGUGACUCUUCUGCCAAUGAGGUGAUUGCCCCGAAAGAAGAGUUCGAAGUUGAGGAAGAAGCAAAGGAUGCGUACUACAAAGCUCUUUGCGGCUCGCCUCCGCCUUCGCAAGACAUUCCGAUUCCUAAGAGGCCCGUGAGGUUGCCAAAUGCACCCCUUGCACCGAGCAUGGUCUCUUCCGACUACCUCUCGACUCUCAGGGAAUUUUAUCAGAUCCCAAGUGGAGUCGUAUUUCAGAUCCCGAAUGGCAACGAGAGUGCGAAGAACCCUCCAGAAGGUUUCUUUACUUGCUACGAGGCCUUCCUGGUGUAUUCCCGUAUGUGGUUUCCGAUCCCUGGUACCAUCGUCCGCGCGCUUCGCCACUUUGGGCUUUCGAUCAGCCAGCUAAGCGUUCCGGCCUUGCAGCAUUGGCUUGGCAUGUUGAUCUUGAGUUACAAGCUAGGAAUGGACCAUAACCCUGGCGACUUCAAGGGAUUUUGGUUUACGAGAGGAACGGGGAUCGAUGGCUCAUACCGCAUGGCGCCAAAGAAGGGUAUGGCUAUAAUUCAGGGGCACACUUCACAUCCUAAGGCAUGGUUCGAGCACUUUUUCUUUGUCCGGAUAGGUGGGGAGUCUGUCGAGGAGAGAUACCUCCACCUAUUCCGUCGGGAGUGGAACUUCACCCGUGUGAACAUUAUCCUUCCGCCGACCCCUGCCGAUCUUUUUGCCAAGCGAGAUCUUCUCCGCAGCAGGCCGUUCUUCUGGAAUUCCUUUACCGUCAAACGGAUUCGAAGCGCGGUGGAGCUCCAUCGAUCUCGAGCUGUCUCUCAGCCUCUGGACGUUCCGUAUGGCGUAGAACCGGUCAUUGAUGUCAUGCCUGCUCAGAGGCAGAGAAUCAGGUCUCGGAAAGGCAAGGGAGUUGCCUCCGAGAACGUCAUGGGAAACCUUCCGCUGCCAGAAUGGAACCCUGGUUUCUCCCCAGGGGAAGGGAGUGGAACCAGCGAGGUUCCUCUUCCCAGCGACUUUUUUGCCGACCUUCCUCCCGGUUUUACUACUCAUAAGUCGCUGGACGAAGAGUCGGGGAGGAAAGUAGUCGCCGAAGGGUCCAGCUUAAUCAAGGAGGGGAUGAGGGUGUUCAAUGCGGCGCUCGACGGAAGUUUCCGGGAGUCGCGUAUCUCUCACUUCAAAGCCGAGGAGGCUGAAAGGGAACUCUUUCGGUUUCGGAAGGAGGUCGAAGAACAGAGCCGGAGACAGGCUGAGCUCCAUUCUCGGGCCCUUGUCCGUGUGGAGAGGAGAGGAAAGAGAGCGAUUGUCGCCGAAAUGAAGCGGAGGGCUGCUUUGUUUGCCACCAAAUUCAAGAGCUUUAAGGAUGCUAAAAAAUUCGUGGGCGAUUUUCACGAGUGUCGUUGCUCGGUUGCUACCAUCUAA